UACUGAGCCCUCCUGCCAAGUUGCUGUCUGGCAUCUUCAACCGAAAGAACAAAACAAAACCAAAGGAAAAAAAAAAAAAAAGAAACCCAAACUUUAAAGGCCCUCUUAUGGCUGACAGCCACGCCAAAUGUAAACCAAGUCCCCAGACCGCCACCCGAGGGACCGGCGCCUCUGAUUGACAGGACGACGGCCAAUCGCUUUAUGCAGCGGGAAGGAAGGGGCGGGGAGAACGUGAGCCCGCCUCUCGCUGAGAUUUACGGUCUGCAUUAUGCCUGGAGCCGGUGGUGCGCUUGCUCUUUUCCUCCUUGGCUGCUCUGCGCUUGCACGGGGAAUCUGCACUGGGGAGCGCUGCCAGGCUGCCCUGGGUGAGGCUGGAUACUAUGUGGCCGCUGUGUAUGAGCACCAGGCCAUCUUGAGUCCAAACCCUCUAGAGUUCAUUACCCGCCAGCAGGCCCUGGAACUCAUGAACCAGAACCUCGACAUCUAUGAACAGCAAGUGAUGGCUGCAGCCCAGAAGGGUGUGCAGAUUAUAGUGUUUCCAGAGGAUGGCAUUCAUGGCUUCAACUUCACAAGAACAUCCAUUUACCCAUUUUUGGACUUCAUGCCAUCCCCAAAGCAAAUCAGGUGGAACCCAUGCCUGGAGCCCCACCGUUUCAAUGACACAGAGGUCCUCCAGCGCCUGAGUUGUAUGGCCAUCAAAGGUGAGAUGUUCUUGGUGGCCAAUCUUGGGACGAAACAGACGUGUUUCAGCAGUGACCCAGGGUGUCCAAGUGAUGGGCGAUACCAGUUCAACACAAAUGUCGUGUUUAGCAACAAUGGAACCCUUGUGGACUACUACCGUAAGCAUAACCUGUACUUUGAGGCUGCGUUCAACACCCCAGCCAGAGUGGAUCACAUCACCUUUGACACCCCCUUUGCGGGCAAGUUUGGCAUGUUCACUUGCUUUGAUAUCCUCUUUUUCGACCCUGCCGUCUGGAUCCUCAGAGAUCCCGAGGUGAAGCACAUCGUGUACCCCACUGCCUGGAUGAACCAGCUCCCACUCCUGGCUGCGAUUCAGAUCCAGAAAGCAUUUGCCACUGCCUUUGGUGUCAAUGUUCUGGCAGCGAACAUCCACCACCCAUCUCUGGGGAUGACAGGGAGUGGCAUACACACCCCUCUUGAGUCCUUUUGGUACCAUGACAUGGUAAGCUCCCACGGUCACCUGAUAAUUGCCCAGGUAGCCAAAAAUCCACCUGGUCUCAUUGGGGCAGAAAAUACCACAAGCAAGACAGACCCAUCCCAUGGUAAAUUUUUAAAACUCUUGUCCAGUGACCCUUCCUGUGAGAAGGAUGCUCAAGAAGUACACUGUGACCAGGCUACCAAGUGGAACGUGAAUGCACCCCCCACCUUCCACUCUGAGAUGAUGUAUGACAACUUCACCCUGGUUCCCAUCUGGGGAAAGGAAGGCUCCCUCCAGGUCUGUUCCAACAGCCUCUGCUGCUACCUGCUGUACAAGAGGCCCACCCUGACCAAAGAGCUGUACACCCUGGGCGUGUUUGAUGGCCUCCACACAGUGCAUGGCACCUACUACAUCCAAGUGUGUGCCGUGGUCAAGUGUGGGGGUCUUGCCCUUGACACCUGUGGGCAGGAGGUCACAGAGGCCGAAGGGGUGUUCGACUUCCACCUGUGGGGAAACUUCAGCACUUCCUACAUCUUUCCUAUGGUUCUAACCUCGGGGAUGACUCUGGACACCCCCGAGCAGCUCGGCUGGGAGAAUGACCAUUAUUUCCUGAGGAAGAGUGGACUGUCCUCUGGUCUGGUGACAGCGGCUCUCUAUGGGCGGUUGUAUGAGAGGGACUAGGAAGAGCGUGUGGUCUGCAGGUGGCUCCUGCCAUCAUGCGGGCACGGCAGCCUUCCCCUUCCACAAGCUGCAGAUCACAAGUGCUGGGACCACCUCUGCCUGGAGGGCAGGUUUCUUCUUUGGCACCUGGUCCCACCCUGGAAAUGGUGGGAAGAAUCAACGAUUGAGACCUUUUUAGCAUUUUCUAUGCACAUUUUCAACACAUUUUUCUCUAGUAAAUCUGUCACUGAACAACUGCUUUUAGGUGCUAAAUCAGAAAUAAAUGUGAGCUGAUAUUUUACACACCCACAAAA